CCGCGGCCCUGUGCCUCCACGCAGGUUCCCAGGACACGCCUUUUACAUUGUUACUGAACCGAUCAGCGAACACAGACAAACCUGCCAACACUUAAAUCUACUCGCUGGAUUUCAUCUCCAUGGCAACAAGCAUGGAAGGCCAAGAGGUGACUCCAGCAGGAAUUUUGAAGAGCCAAAAUGAUGUGACAGUGAAUAAUGAGUAGUCCCUAUUGUGGCAACUCUUCAGCUAAGAUGAGUGUCAAUGAAGUGUCAGCUUUCUCAUUGACUAUGGAGCAAAAAACUGGCUUCGCUUUUGUUGGGAUUUUGUGUAUCUUCUUGGGACUUCUUAUUAUCAGAUGCUUCAAGAUCCUGUUAGACCCGUAUAGUAGCAUGCCUUCCUCUACAUGGGAAAAUGAAGUUGAAGAGUUUGAUAAAGGGACAUUUGAAUACGCACUUGCCUGAGUGUCCCAGCUUUGCAGUUUUUAGUGUUAUAUCAGAGGGGCACAGGAUGGUCACAACUGUAAUUUCCUUCGGCAUGCUGGAAGAGGCUCAUUUUAUUCACUGAAUUCAAUAAACAUGGUUACUUUAAUGAUUAUGCUGUGUAAAUGAUAAACCACUUUGGCAUUCCUCACCCUGAGAUUUCUGAUUAAUAGAAUAUAAAGAUGGCUCCACCCAUAUAUGCUAUCUUUAUUCUUAUCUGGACCAUCUGCCUUGAAUCUCUGCUUCCUUUUUCAGCCAAUGAACUGUGCUAGAGUCUUUCUGCAUCUGCCCCUAUGCAACACCCAGAAACCCACCCUCUCUCCAUAUUCCUGACCCCCUUGCACUAGAGAAUUAAGUGUCAAAGAUAAGGAUCACCUCGGUCCAAAGAAUAAAGAAAUAUGAUUUUCUUAAUAAUAACCAUAGGUCAAUAAUGUUCACAUGUGAAAAAACUAACACACAAACCCUACAAGUAGCCAUAGGCCAUAAAGUUCCUCAAAUGUCACAACUUGAAAUUUCUGGUUCUUCUUAUAGAAUUUUUUGCAAUAAAAUCCCCUAGUUUAGGAUCAUACUGAUACUCCAUUUUCCUCUCCUUUUAUAAAUAGCAUUAAGAAGGGAGUUUUCAUCAUGACCUGGUGAAAACAAGAAACAAGAAGUCCAGUCUCCACUCUGCCACCAUUAGAGCAUCAACUUUGGCCAAGUCAUCUUAUUUCUGUGGACUUCAGUGAGCAAGCUAACAAUAGGAUCAUUAACAUCCCUUUUAAUUUUAGUGCCCUAUGAACUCUACAAAUAUAUCUGAAAAUCCAGAGAUCUGAGAUGAAUGAGGAUUUAAGAAGUCAUGAAAAAUUUUCAAUUUAGGAAGCUAAAUUCUGAAAUUUGAAUUCUAAUAUUGGUCUAAUCAAGAACAAGCAUUAUGAUCUAGAAAGUUACCUAAAGGGAAUUUAAGUUCUACAUCUGCAAAACAAGGAUAAAGAAUCCUCUUUUAGGAAUGUUGGGAGGACCAAGUGACAUAUAAUGAGUAAGAAAGUAAUUUGAAAACCAAGUAACAGUUUAAACAUACCUUGCUAUCAUGUAUUAUCCCUGUUGGUUAAUUGUUAUAGAGAUUUUCAAGCCUUAAUAAGCAAUGGCUUAGUGUAAUUUAUUCAGUCUCUCUAGUAUUUAUUCUCUUCAUUUUAUAAUUUAAAAAAAUUUAAAUUUUUUUCCAAAUAAAAAAUUCUGAUUCUUUAUUAUCACUUAAUGGGGGAAUAUGCCAUGAGAUAAAUAAAUAAAUACAAAAAUGUUUGUGUCAUUUGAGAACGCAGAACUGCCAAACAUAACAACAACAACAAAAAAGAAAAAGAAAAGAAAAAAGAAAGGAGAUUAAUAUCUACCAAGUAUUAGCACUAAAUUAGGGGCUUGCCAUUUUUUACACAAUUUGAUAUUCUUAUCAAUCCUUUGAGUUCAGUACUACUAUUUCUAUCUUACCAUCUCAACAUCACAUAUGGGGAAAUGAAGCUGAGAGAGACUGAGUAACUUCCCAAGGUCACCAAGCUAUGGAGUGAUUGUAUUAAGAAUUAAAAUUGGGCUAUUAUCUAAGUCAUAGUCAUUGUUUGCAAAUAUCACACUAUACUUCCAGAUACUCUCCUCAAUAUGGCUACAUCUCUUACAAAUAUGAUUAUUGCUUGGGUCUAUGGCACUCCAAAACCAGCUGUCUCAGUGAGAUUCCCUGACACUUUUCAUCUCCUAGUAGAUUUGGAACACAUCUGUGCUGACAAUUGAUUUUCUGGACCAAACUUACACCUCAAGGAAGCUCUCUGAACCCCAGUAGAUAUGGAAGUAUCAGCCUGGGACACUUUGCAGCCAGUUAGUAAUCUGGUCUAAGAACAGUUUUUUGAGCCAAGUCAGCUGGACACACUGAAAGUUGUAAAUUUCAGGAUGCUAGUCAUCUCUUUUGUGACCCAGGCUUUUGAAGUGCUGGCUAAGAUAUAUGCCCAAGUACCAUUUGUUGCUCCAUUUGUUUCCCAAGGAAGAGACCCAAAAAGACCUUCCAUGUUGGUGACUAAACUUGUUAUGUUAAAAAGCCAGAUCUUAAUUUCAAAAAGAAAAAAAACCUCCAAAAACCAAAGAUAAGAAAAUUUUAUGAAGUAUGGACAUUGAUCCUGAAAGUUCGACACCCAUAAAUUUUUCAGAUAUCAAAAACUUCGCCUUAGUAUUAUUUCCAACCCUAUGAAAGAGAAAUUCUUUCAACCAAAAGUGUCUUCCUUCAUGGCAUUUAUUCAUGGCCUAUUAUACGCCUUUAGAGUUUUAGAGGAAAGGGGAGAAUAAAGACAGAUUAGAAUCUGUAUUUUUAGAGACAGAAACAACAGAAGAUAUAAAGGAUGGUUAUAGCAUGGAGAACUUGGAAAUUUCCUGAAAUGCUAACCCUUCUAGGAAUAGAUUGCAAUGUCUUAACCAGAUCAUCCCCUAGCUGCCUACUCAAGAACCCUAUCUAGGAGGACAAGAGGAAAAAAAAGUCAAGGAGCACCUCCAGACAGUUUCCCCCUGCUACCUUACCCAUCUGGCUGAAAGGCCUUAAAAGUUGGCUUUAUGGAUGAUGUAAUUUAAUCCAUAUCCCCCAAACCAUUUCCCAUCUGCUCUCUCAUGUCUGAAUGCCCUUAAUAUAAAACAAAGACUUUCAUUUCACAGUUAGAGAUAAAAGGCUUAGAAUGAAAAUGUCCAGUUGAUGUAAGACUAAGACUAAAACCAAUUCACACUACACUGUAGUCAGGUACUUAGUUAGUGAGGAAAAAGGAAAUUGAGGACUAUCAGAGGCAUGCAUAAUCUUUGGUAGAGGAUAAAGCUGAGAAUUAAUUUGGGGGGGGGGUGCUCCUGGAAGAGGGCCAGAGUUGAGGGAAUGGUUGGAAGAAAGAGAGAUUAGAGAUGGCAGAAAUAACUACAAGUUCACAGCUCCUGUCCAGGGCCAGUAAAUAAGCCUUGUUUUAGGUCCUAGCCUCCUCUUGGCUGAUCUGAAUAACCAGCCCACCUAGCUGAGUCUGAAAUGUGAUUAUCCCUAUGCCUGCUAUAUUGGAAGUCAGAACUCUGUUGAACAGAUAAAUGUCUUAUACCAGUGGCCUUUAAGAGCAACAUGGGCUCUAGAUACUUAUUUAUAAUUCUCUCAGUUUCUGAUACACCCUCAUGACAUUAGCCUGACUAAUUAGUAUGACAUUUACCUGACUAAAAACCUCUAAGGGGUUUUACUUAGGUAACCUACAGACCCCCUUCUAUAAUCUGGUAUCUAUUCACCAACCUACCUUUCCCCCUAUUUUAAUUGGCAUAGUACCUAUCCCAAUCUCUUAAGGAUUCACCCCAGAAUUUUGGAUGACUAUGUAAAAGUCCUCAGUAAACUGUAAAAAUUGCCAUUAUAGUAAAAGAAAGUAUUAACUACCAACGGUGCUUUCUAAAAUUAGCACUUUCACCCCAUAUACAAGUUAACACAGUUAACCCUCACAAUAAGUUUACAACACAGUAUUAUUCACAACUGCAUUUUACAGAGGAGGAAGUUAAGGCACAAAGAGACUGAUUAACUUGCCAGAGUUCACCUAGAUAGGAAGUGGCAGGGCCAGAAUGUAAAUUAAGUACCUGGACUCCAGAGAUGUGCUCCUAAUUUCUACAUUACACCACAACUGUGCUGCUCAGGCAACUGGAAAUCACUUGGAGAGUUUCUGAUAAACACAAGGAGGAGUCCUUCAAUCAUCCAAACUGAAAACCAAUAACAGAACCGGCACAAAGGAACUGUCUGCUCUCUUAACAAUUGGCACCUCAUGUAUUUGAGCAACAUCAUUCCCUUAACAAAACUGAAAAACCACGUUUGAUAAAAAUGUUUUGCCAAGAGGAGGCAAAAAGUUCAUUUAGCAGUGCCACUGGGAAAGUUACCCAUAGUUUGAUUCCUGCUUGAAACAAUUUUCCCAUUAGAUAGAAAUACUAUCAAUGAAUCAUUGAUCCUACUCUCAAUCUGCUCACUUCCCAUGCAGAGAAGAAUCAAGAUCAUAUCUACUACAAGCAAGAUAAAAUAAUCUCCAGUACCAUUUUCUAGUCACAAAGUAUAGAAUUAUUUAUACUUCUAAAUACGAGGCCUGUAUUUUGCUGUACAGGCUGAACAAUAGAAGGUCACUAGGAAUCACGUGAAAUGAGAUGGCAGUUUUCAAAUUAUUUGGCCUCAGAUGACUGAAGCACGACUGAUAUUUUGUUGGAUGACUGCUGUUGAGCAAUUCAGCUCCCCUUAUGAAUUAAAGAAAUUUUGACUUCCUGUCUACAAGGAUUAAUGGUUUACUCCUGGUUACUAGUUGACGUGGUACUGAAGGUUCUUCUGUGCUAACGACUGGGCAGGACCUACAGGACUAUUACAGGCCAGCCACUGCUCAGUCAUCUUUUAAAGACAGACUCUAACCAAUAAGAAGAAGCCUAAGGUUUGGGGCUGAAAGCUACGUGCUGCAUAUAUGCCUGGGUGAUGCUGAAGCAGGUUAUGCUGCCUGAGAGGAAGGCUCCUGGGGGCUUUGAAGAACAUUCUGAAGAUUGUAUAGGAGACAAUACAUCAAGAAUCUUUUGAGUUCUUCUAGAUCAAAAGCCAGGGGCUCCU